GGUUCGCGUUCGACACUUCGCACAACGAACUACAAGUGGAACGUUGAUUUCUUUUCUCCGCCCAUACUUCAUCUUUCAAGCUUGCAAGGUAACCCAUGGUUCCAUCUUAACAAGUAUAAUAAGUAUAAUAGUCAACAGAUCAAUACUUCAUUAUGGACGAGGAUUUUGAGGAUCUGCUGCGAGACGAAGACGAGCCCGAAUACGAGCUUGAGGCUUCGGCGUCUGCAAGCAUCCGGCCUAAGCAGACGCCUCCUUCAGAGAACGAGAUUAGACUGUGCCGGCGAGUGCUUGAACUUGAGGAGGAACGGAACUCCUUGGCGGCUGAGCUUUCUGCUCUCAAAGCCCGUUUCCCAACACAUAGCAAUCCAACUAUUCCUAUUGCCGAUCCCUCCUCAAGCUCAUCCAUAUCCCAACCUGACCAGCCUAUAGAGAUACCCACACCGCUCCUGCCUCUACUAGGCAUACUUCGGACACACAUUGCUGAGUUGACAAGAGACAACUAUGCGUUACGAUACACCUUUAUGGGACAAGCUUUACCCAGACGAGGAUCAAUCACUCAAACCCCGACUCCGGUCUUUUCGCCCAUAUCAUCUUUGCCUCCACAAGAGAACAAUAUCGAUAUUGAGAUGGCUGCUACAACUGGUGAUUCUGGACCUAGUACAGUAGGCCUUGCACCGCCUUCAGGAUCUGGCACUGCGCAAACUAGGGUAGGGGCAGGCGGUCUGGAUUUGGAAAGAGUGGUUGAAAGAGUGAAACAGCUUGUGAUAGAGAAUGAAGAGCUGGGUGAGAUGUUGCUUCAGUUAGGGCAAAGGGGUGACGAGGAAGAAUGGAAGAAGACUUUGGAUGAUUCAAAAGCAAUCAUUGAAUCUUUGGACUCCGACCUAUCGCAUCACCUGUCUGUCGUCGAAUCAACCCGUUCAGAGUUGAAAGCGUAUAAAAGCCAUUUCGGUCCACUUCCACAAAAUGUGUCAGACCGUACAACUCCCUCUGCCGCAUCCACAACUCGAGGCCAACCCGCCUCUGUCGGACGAGGCAGCUUACAAGAUAGGUUAAAUCGGGGCCUUGGCGGAGAUAGGGGUGGUUUCCACGGAAAGGCGUUGAAAGCCGGUUCUACCAAUGCUGUAGGGUCAGAUAACUCCGCUAAUGUGCAAACGCCUGUGCAAACCCAAGGAGAUAUGCGAGGUGGACCCCAUCAAGGUCUUCCCCGUACAGCAGGAACAAGGAGACCAUUGAACGGAAGUGGGAAUAGCAAUGGGGGGAGUGGCCCGUUCCAAGGACAUGUAAGAGGAGGUAGCUUUGGCCAGGGACAAGGUGCCAGGCUUGAUGAGAGGGACUUUAAGAGAAGAAGAUGAGAGACAUAAGAUGGACAUACACCUGCACAUGUUUCUUGGAUAACCAGUUGUAAAUGUAGCUAAGCAUUAGAGCAAUGUUCAUUAGAUCUGAAAUGGGGCAUUUUGUGUCCCCUUCGUAAUUUACGAUGCAAGAUGAAGUAAAAUAGGUG